AUGGGCCUCCGGAACGCUGCGUGCGCACCGGAGACGGUUACUAACUCACGCGACCACGCGAACCUGUGCUCUUUGACAUGUAGGACCCGUCUUUUUGUUGUGCAGGGCUGGCCACCAGUGCUCACUCUUCGGUCGGGCGCACUCGACGGUAGGGCGCAGCAGGGCGCCGAAGGCCUCCCACAGAUGAAUCUCUGCCUUGCUGUCCUGGCAAUGGCGCUGGGGUGCCUGGUGGGCACCUCAGUGGCGCAAGUCGGAUCCAAUGGGGGGGCCACAGACGUCAACGGCACUGGAGACUCCUGCGCGCUGGUGGUCGUGGGGGCGGGGGCCGGGGGGCUCUACGCGGCCUGGCGGCUAGUAACGGAGGGCGUCUUCGCCGCCGAGCAGACGUGCAUCUUCGAGAAGACGAGCCGUGUGGGCGGGCGGGCCUAUUCCGUGCGCGGGGACGACCUGCCCCCGGAGCUGGUUGCCAUCGGCGCCAACGCGGUGGACGUGGGAGCGUACCGUGCCUCGUCCAGCCAGCACCCCAUCCUCGCCUCCCUGUGGGGCGACAUGGGCAUCCAGACGGGCUGCUACCAGGACGCGGCGUUCCGGACCGGCGAUUGCACGGGCGAGUGUGACAGGCCCACCGUGAGGUACGUGCGCGACGUGCACAUCGACCACGACGCGUGGCUCAACAGUUCGGAGAACUCACCCUACCGCUUCAGCGUCCCGUGGGGGAAGGGCCAGGAGCGCGAGGCGCCGUUGUCGCCGUUCCACUGGCUGGUGGGCCCCCAGGCGCCCGAUUUCGUCACAGCCGAACUGGAGGAACUGAGCACGGGGAAGACCGCGGCGAUCCGCUGGGCCGCCCGGAACAGGAUUUUGAAAGCCGCCUCUGGGGCCACCCUGGACGGCGUUCCCGCCACGCAGGCGUCGCUCAUGCACAUGGUCAGGAACGGCGUGGGCGGUAGCGGGCUGAAGAUGACGCAGGAAGACCUGGACUUUUAUUUGGACUCGGACUGCGGGAGCGCGGGCGCCCCGGUCGCGCUGCUGCUGAACUACUACGAGCUGGUGGCCAGAAGCACGGCCGACUUGGCCAACGGCCUGGGACUGGGACUGGGCGGCGGCUACUCCGUGCCCAUCGACCCCGCCACGGGCAGCCAGAUCGGCUUCGCCACCCAAGUGGAGGUCCUUGCAGAGCGGCUGGCGGCACUGGGAGUGGAUGUGCAGCUCGGCGAGGAGCUUGUCGGCGUGGAACUGCACGACGACUCCAAGGCCUUGACGCUGACGUUCGCCAGCGGGCUGGAGGUCACGCCGGCGGCGGCCGUGCUCAACAUCCCGCCCGACGCCUUCGAGGCGGUGGUGCGCAGGGAGGACGUACGGGGGCCGAAGGCGCUGCCGCACCUGGGCCGCUGGCUGGACGCCCUGGAGAGGGUGCCCGCCCUGAAGGCGUACGUGUACUACGACGACGCGUUCUGGGCACAGCCUGGCCUCAACCGCACGGGCGGCCGCAUGAGGACGUCAGAGGAACUAUACAACAGCCGUUACCACGACGGCUUCGUGAGGUGCGACGACAACGGUGCCUGCAAAGGCAUCCUGCUUGCGCAGUAUGCAAGCGGCGACAGGGGCGCCCCCUGGGCUGGCACCUUCUUCCAGGACACCUUGGACAAUCCCUACGUCCAGAUUAGGCGGAACUCCUCGGACCCCAGGCACGUGCAGUUCCUGGACGAGCUCCAUCGCCAGCUCAUGCUCACGCACGCGGUUGAGUUGGAGCGAGCUGGGCUGAACGCGUCCGAAAUAGUAGCCCCCGACGUGGCCCUCGUGGGAGUCUUCCUGGGCAGGUCGCUGUACGGCUGGCACGGCCGGAGGCCCAGCAGUCUGGAGCCGGGCCAAUUUGACGAGGUGCCCAUGGAACCAUUCCCCGGCUACGGUCUCCACCUCGUGAAUGAGGCGUACGGACCCACCACGGGGUGGAUGGAGUCGUCGCUGGUGAGCGCCGAGAGGAUGGUGAGCCACAUGUACGGGCUGGAGAAGCCGGCGUUUUUGACGGAGGAAAAUGCGUUUGAGGGUUUUGAUCCGGACCUGUACUACGAACACGUGAUUAGGAACUUCACGGGGCGGUGA